AGGCCACUAAGCAUCUUAGAACAACAUGGGAAAGAUUAGAAGAAACCGUAAGAAACUCCAUUUACAAGCAGUAAAACCCGCUAAUGUAACGAGCAAAGAAGACGUUUUGAAGGCAAAUGAGUCUUCUCUUCCUGCCAUAUUCACCACUGUGGGACUGUUUAAUGCAAUUGACCAAGCCCGACCCGAUGAAUCUACAGACAACCAAGACACACACAGUCAAACUGCCGACCUAAAGACUCCAUCAAACAAAAAGGAUAGAAGAAAAGAACGACAUGAGCGUUUUCUGAGAAAACUGCAUGCUGGCAGACUUGUGGAAGAAAGCAGCAAAAAAGCAAAGGAGAGGGCAAAGACAGUUGUUGUAGGUGACAUGGAACCACUAUUAUCAGCCCUACCAACCAUACACAUACCAGAUCUUACAAAAGGCACAAAAUCUUCCAAUGAUAGUAAUGGAAAAGAGAAGCUUACUAAAACUCAAAACAAGAUGAGUAAAAAAUCACGCCAAGCUCUACAUGCCAGUGAAAUUGCCCAUUUUCAACAAGUUGUUAAACAUCCAGCCUUCAAAGCUAACCCACUUGCUGCAAUUUCUGAACAUAUUAAAAAUGCCAUACAGAGAGAACAUGAAAAUCAGACUUAAGGCUAGAAAUAGUCAAUUGUUAAUUAAAUAUCAACUUAAUAAAAAAAAUUAUUUUAUCACA